AUGCGUAAGAGCGUUUAUUUGGAUAAUACCAUUGAGUUCCUAAGGAGCAGGGUUUACCUGGGUGCUUAUGAUUACACACCACAAGAUACCGAUGACAUGGUUUUUUUCACUGUAGAAGACACUAUCUUCUACAACAGCUUUCAUUUAGAUUUCGGUCCUAUGAAUAUUGGGCACUUGUAUAGAUUUGCUGUAAUAUUUCAUGAAAUCUUAAAUGACCCUGAGAAUGCAAAGAAAUCGGUCGUCUUUUAUUCUUCGACCUCAACAAGACAAAGAGCUAAUACAGCAUGCAUGUUAUGUUGUUAUAUGGUUUUAGUUCAAGGUUGGACUCCUCAUCAAGUUUUACAACCCUUAGCUCAAGUUGAUCCUCCAUUUAUGCCAUUCAGAGAUGCAGGUUACUCAAAUGCUGAUUUUGAGAUCACCAUCCAAGACGUGAUUUAUGGUGUAUGGAGAGCAAAAGAAAAGGGUCUGAUCGAUCUUCAAUCUUUUAACUUGGAAACGUAUGAAAGAUAUGAACGUGUUGAAAACGGUGACUUUAACGUGUUAACUCCAGAUUUCAUUGCUUUUGCUUCUCCACAAGAGUCAAAUCGUUCAAUUGGUGUUACCUCUUCCCCAGGGAAGUCCCAUCUAAACCAACCAUUCCGUAGCGUUUUAAAGUAUUUCUCUAAGAACAAUGUCCAAUUAGUUGUUAGAUUGAAUUCUCAUCUGUACAAUAAGCAACAUUUUGAAGACUUAAGCAUUCAGCACAUUGAUAUGAUAUUCGAGGACGGUACAUGUCCUGAUAUGUCAAUAGUGAAAAACUUUGUUGGUGCUGCUGAAACAAUCAUUAAUAAAGGUGGUAAAAUUGCAGUUCAUUGUAAAGCUGGUCUAGGUAGGACAGGUUGUUUGAUUGGUGCACACUUGAUAUAUACACAUGGAUUUACUGCCAAUGAAUGUAUAGGUUUUAUGAGAUUUAUAAGGCCAGGUAUGGUUGUUGGUCCACAACAGCACUGGUUGUAUUUGCACCAAAAUGACUUCAGGGAAUGGAAAUAUACAAUGAAAUUAUCAUUGGAUUCAAGCGAAAUAAUAGGAGAUUUAUACCCAUUGGUUAGUUUGGAGGAAUACCGUAUCCAAAAGAAAAGGUUGAGGGAAGGCAAGAAGAUACCAUCAAAUUUUGAGCAUGAAGAUAGUGAAAUGAGAGAUCUAGCAAUGACUCCACCUAGUGAAAGAAGGAAAAGUGUUCAACAGAUGGCACUAACUGGGUCAGGUUUUCAAACUGCGGCUGUACCUCAGACUUCACCAGGUCAACCUCGUAAAGGGCAAAAUGGAUCAAACACCAUCGAAGAUAUUAAUAAACAAAAUUCAAAAAGCGCUGGCUACACAAAUGAAAAAAAUAGAGAUACCCAAAAUUCUACAAGCAUAAAUGAUACUAAUAAUUCAGAUGAAGAGAUGAUGCAAAGUGAUGAUAUAGUACUAAAGCAACUCCUACCUAGGAAUAGACGUAUAAUAUCUGGUAAGAGAGCAGUUAGUGCUGGUGUAAGAAAAAUUAGCGGUACCACUAAAAAGUAA